GAAAACGUCACUUCAAGUCCCUCCCUGUUUGAAUCUCAUUAGUUUUUUUUCUUGUGUGUUUCUCCCUGUCAAUAAUCCCGAAUCCAGACUCUCUCUAUUUCCAUCCCUCUCUAUCUGUCAAUCAGCGCCGCCUUUGAACUGAAAACCACUCCGACCAACUUCAACUCCCUCAAUCCGAGCGCCUCAGCUCCGUCUCCGGCUUCUGUUUCUGCCAAGAUUGCCCUCUUCUUUUUGAGUUUUGAACACUCACCCAGCCAAACGCCACUGCGAGUCCCUAAACUUAAAACUCGGGAUUCGGGGAUCACACCAAGAUCAAGGGUUUAAAAACUUUUGGGUGUUUUUGGCCCCCCGCAAAAUUAGCGCUCCUCGGGAAAAAUGCCGCAGCUGAACGGCGGUGGAGGGGACGAUCUGGGUGCGAACGAUGAAAUGAUUUCCUUCAAAGACGAAGGCGAGCAGGAGGAAAAGAUUUCGGAGAACUCCUCAGCAGAAAGGGAUUUAGCAGAUGUCAAAUCUUCUCUCGUAAACGAGUCGGAAACGAAUCAAAACAGCUCUUCGGAUUCUGAGGCGGAAAGACGGCCUCCGCCUAGAUCUGAAAGUUUCAGAGACAAAACAAGAGAAAGUUUAGAGGAGGCUGCGAAAAGGCAAGAUGGAGGGCUGUUCAAGAGCCCACCGUACCCGGGCUAUCCAUUUAUAAUGAUUCCCGACCUCACGAGCCCGUACCUCCCGAACGGAUCGCUCUCACCCACCGCUCGUACAUAUCUACAGAUGAAAUGGCCCCUGCUAGAUGUUCAUGCAGGAAGUCUUCAGAGUAGACAAGCACUUAAAGAUGCCAGGUCACCUUCUCCAGCACACAUCGUUUCUAAUAAGGUCCCCGUGGUACAGCACCCUCACCAUGUGCACCCGCUCACACCUCUGAUCACCUACAGCAAUGAGCACUUCACGCCUGGGAACCCCCCUCCACAUCUACAGGCAGACGUGGACCCCAAAACAGGAAUCCCAAGGCCUCCACAUCCUUCAGAUAUAUCCCCCUACUACCCUCUGUCACCUGGCACUGUAGGCCAGAUUCCCCAUCCGCUAGGAUGGUUAGUACCACAGCAAGGUCAACCAGUUUACCCAAUCACGACGGGAGGUUUCAGACACCCCUACCCAACUGCCCUCACUGUCAAUGCGUCCAUGUCAAGGUUCCCUCCUCACAUGGUGCCCCCCCACCACAGUUUGCACACCACAGGGAUCCCCCACCCAGCCAUCGUCACGCACAACGUCAAGCAGGAGUCCUCUCACAGUGACAUCGGCUCCCUCAACAGCUCGAAACAGGAUGCGAAAAAAGAGGAGGAAAAGAAGAAGCAGCCACACAUAAAGAAACCUCUGAACGCGUUCAUGCUUUACAUGAAGGAAAUGAGAGCCAAAGUGGUGGCAGAAUGCACACUGAAAGAGAGCGCAGCUAUUAACCAGAUCCUAGGCCGAAGGUGGCAUGCUCUGUCUCGAGAGGAGCAGGCCAAAUACUACGAGUUAGCCAGGAAAGAACGACAGCUUCACAUGCAGCUGUACCCCGGCUGGUCGGCACGAGACAACUAUCUCUCUCCACCAUGGACACCUUUUGAAGGCCUCUGUAUCUUGUUCUUUUUUUUUUUUCCAGAACACAGAGAAUAUUUUCCAAACCCUUGCCUUUCACUCCCUCCGAUUACAGAUCUGAGCGCCCCAAAGAAGUGUCGCGCACGCUUCGGGCUCGACCAGCAGAAUAACUGGUGUGGCCCAUGCAGGCGGGAAAAGAAGUGCAUUCGCUACAUUCAAGGUGAAGGCAGCUGUGCCAGUCCUCCUUCUUCGGACGGAAGCUUACUAGAGUCCCCCCCAUCCUCCCCCUCCAUGGUCUCUCCCUCCCCGUCCUCGAAAGAGUCCAAACUACAGACUGAACAAAUGCAACCUCUCUCACUGACUAUGAAGCCGCCCCCCCUGCUCUCAUCAUCCCAACACCAUCACCUCUCCAUGGCUCCGCCUCCACCUUUAGCUCUGUUGGACAACUCCGGGGCGGGCAAAACGUCCGGCUCGGCACACAACGGCCCCUUGGACCCCUCAGACGUGUCGUCGUCCCGACCCACAGGCUCCGUCUCCUCCAGGCCCACAUCGGCAUGUCAUUCCCACUCUCUGCUGCCCAGCUCCACCAUGACUCAACCCCUUUCACUCGUAACCAAGUCGAUAGACUAGCUUCGUUGUUUUUUAAACCAGCUUUCUCUCUGUCUGUCCGUCUGUCACGCAUCUUGUCUUUUUUCAUUCUGCAUUCUGAUUCUCUUGUUUUUUUCUGUGCGAUAUGGCUAUGAAAAUUUCGUUAAUUCUUUAUCAAAGUUCAUUGGUCAAUAUUUGACCUGUCAUUAUCUAAAAAAUGAAAUUAUUAUGAUUAAAUAUUGAUAAUUAAAUACACUAAGUUGUAGAGUAUAGCUUUGUGAAUCUGCCAAAUUUUUUAUGAAUUUUUUGGGUUCGUUUUAUUCAUGUUUUGCUUUUUGUUUUACAGCUGUACAACAGAAAAAUGCAUAAUUGUUAUGUAGUUUUACAUAGCAACUU